GCCUCCUCCUCGCGGGGCAGAUCACUUCCUUCAAAACUCCCGGGACGGAAAGCCGCGUGGCUUUCUUUUUCAGAAGCAACAGGAACGACGCCCCGAUGGCGGCCGCUUCCAGCGAGGUCCUCGCCCUGUGCGCGCUGCUCUGCGCGCUCGUGGCAGAUUCAUCCGCCGAGGGGAGGAACGGUGGCCCCCUGUGUGUGGACGGCACGUACGAGCACGGCGGAAGGUUAUGUUGUCUGUGUAGUGCCGGUCAACACCUGAAGGAGCACUGCACUGCCAAUUUACAGUACGGGGUAUGCGAACACUGUCCUCCACAAACCUACAGCAUUCAGCCUAAUAACCUGAAGUCCUGUGAGCCCUGCUCAUCCUGCUCACCGAAUGCCAACCUGGAGGUGAAGGAAGCCUGUACCCCUGCUCGUGACACCAAGUGCGGAUGUAAAACGGAUCACUACUGCAAGAGCCAAGGCACAGUGGAGAAGUGUAGAAAAUGCUCUCCUUGUGAAGUGUGUCCGGAGGGCAUCAAAGUAGCCUGCACAGCCAACAAUAACACUGUCUGCGAAGACAAAAUGGGAGGGGGAACUAUAGCUGGGAUAAUAAUUUUCCUUGUCUUACUACUCUGUGCAAUUGGUCUUGUAUUGUUUUUGUACUACCGUACGAAAAAUAGGAAGAAAAAGCAGAACAAUGGUUCUGAGGCUGAGAUGGAGGCUCUCAAAGCUCAAGAUGUUGAUCUCCUACGUCAUCUGCCUGGCAUUGCAAAAAUUGUUGAAUGGGAUGAUAUGAAGGAAGUAGCAACACGCAGCAAAAUACAAGACCUUGUUAUAAAGUCUUGUGAACAGGAACACCCUAAUGACAGCCAGGAGAAGACACUUCACCUGCUUAAGAUCUGGGAGGAGAGGCAAGGAAAGGAAGCCUCGAAGAUGUUGGUCAAAAUCCUUGAGGAGAAUAAAAAAAGAGGCAAAGCAGAGAAGAUCAUAGAACAAUUGUCCAAACCUCCCGCUUGAAUGUGUUGCUUGAAAUCGCUUUUCAAAUAUUUGCAGUAAGCAUUUAAUGUUCUACCUGAAAUGUCUUUGAGGAAAAUUGAGAUGCCAAGGAUUCUGUUCUUGUUUAUGUGGUCUACAUAUUCUUUAGCAAUCGAUGGUCCCAAAUGAUUUGCACCCUGCCUCUCUCGCUCUCUCCGACUUCAAGUUUGUUUGGAUGGACUGAGCCAUGUAAGUGUUGGAAAAGAGCCCAGUGAGUAAGUCAUGGGAAGUUUCCGCAUACUGCCAUUACUGCUGUCAGUUUAAAACCAGUCCGUCAGAACCGCUCGUAUUCACAUGGUCCAACAGUGAGAUCAUGAAAUGCGUGUACUUGCCAUUACAUGUUCUCUUAGUUUGUCAAAGUAAGAACAUACGCUCCUUUUUUAAGACCGUGUGUAUAUAUAGAUGAUCAUAAUUCAGUCUAUCCGGGGGAGCCGUUGUUGAUCUCCUACGUCAUCUGCCUGACAUUGCAAAAAUUGUUGAAUGGGAUGAUAUGAAGGAAGUAGCAACACGCUGCAGAAUACAAGACCCUGUUAUUUAGUCUUGUCAACAGGAACACCCUAAUGAUAGCCAGGACAAGACACUUCACCUGCUUAAGAUCUGGGAGGAGAGGCAGGGAAAGGAAGCCUCGAAGAUGUUGGUCAAAAUCCUUGAGGAGAAUAAAAAAAGGCAAAGCAGAGAAGAUCAUAGAACAAUUGUCCAAACGUUCUGCUUGAAUGUGUUGCUUGAAAUCGCUUUUCAAAUAUUUGCGGGGUUGUCUGUAUGAUUCAUUUUUUUUUCUAUUUGGUUGAGAACACUGUCUGGUCUGAACAUGAACUUUGUAAUAGCAUAAUAUUUUGUUUGAUUUUGAAAGACCUCUGUGAUCUUUUGUUUUUUUGUUAAAGAUAAGGUGCUUGUCCUUUUCUACAGUUUUGCGGUUCUGAGGGUGUGCAAAGUUCCAUUGGGCCACAGCUUGUAUGUGUAUUAAACCUCAUUAAAUGUAUUUUUAAGGAA